CUAUUAGAUCAUAUGUCAAACAUGUCAAAUCGGAAAAAAAUUAGGUUAAUUUUAAAAAAAUACGGGAUUUUUUUUUAAUAUUUAAUUUUCUAGCUCUAUAAAUCAUUUUUAAUAACAAUUAAUUGUGACUAUGGAACUGAUCAAGUACAAAGACAACUGUCGCGUUUGCCUUAAAUCCCGACAAACGCUCAAAAAUAUUUUCACCCAUAUUUUGGAGGGAUACGAAGAUGCGGUGGACAAAAUCAUAUUUUCCUUGUUUUCCAUCAAGCUCAAUACGCACGGUGCAAUCCCCCAGUUAAUAUGCCGAAAAUGCCUUAUAGAGAUCGAGAACAUUUUACUGUUUAAAGAAAGUCUCAUUCAGAGCGAGAAGAUUUUAAGCGAUGCCUUAAAUUGUUCUAGUAGAAAUACUGAAAAGGAUACUGGAGUCAAUAAUAGUGAGGCAAUAUUGAUAAGAACGGUUAAUAAUAAUAACUCAAAUGGUGUUCAAGACAAUGAUGUACCAAGUAACAAUAAUAAUUGUACAGUUCAAGGGAUGAAAAUUGAAGUUGAAGAUUUGGUUUAUGAAAAUGCACAAUCAACUACUGCCACAAGAAACUCCAUUCCAAAAGAGUCUUUUCUCCAAAAUUUCAAUUUAAUAGCGAGACAAGACGCCACAGAAUUUAAAAAGCAACUAAACGCCCUAAAAAUGAUUCAUAAAAAAGACUGUAAAUCCUUGUCGAUUAAAGGUGCCUUAAAAAAACCAGUUCGUAGUAAUCAGUGUGCACGAGCAAAAAUGAAAAGUGCUACUUUAACUCGUUCCGAGAGUUUCCAAUCGCGUUACGGACGCAGAAACGUUUUAGACAAUUUAAAUUUAUUAGUAAACGAUAGCGACCCUUUAAUGAAAGGCUGUGAAUAUAAAAAUGAUAAUGCUCAAUCUGUGAUGGUAAACCCCAAUUUAGUGGACAAAAAUGUACAAAAAACCCUAAGUGUUUCAUUGCAAAGGUUCUCCAGUCCGAAAUCAAUCAGUUUUUCUCCUAAAAGGAAAAUAAACUUGUCAUUUAAUGAAGCGAAUACAAUAAAAGAGAAGAAAAGUGCCAAAAAAAUAAUAAAUAAAACGCAGCAAUCUAAGAAUUUAAGAUGUAGAGUAAAAGAAGCUUUAGCAAAGGGUAAGAACAAUGUUAAGUCUUCCAAAGCAACUUCUAAGGAAGGACUUGUAAAUGUUGUAAAGGGAAACUUGGAUGUAAAAGUAGAUACAACUAAAAAGGUGGAUAUGGUGACAAAAAAAUCGAGUCCACAAACUAAAAAUCCUAAGUUGAAUGGAAAAGUGGUGUAUUCUAGCAAAAAAAAUGUCAAAGCUAGUGCAAAAAAAGGAACAGAGAAAUGUCCUAAAAAAGGAAGGUCUAAAAUAGAUCCCCCAAAGAAAUUACUAAUAAACGGAGAUAAAGGCUCUACAGCCAAAUCUGUCAAGGAAAGUUUUCCUUCACCAAAGGCCGAAAAAGACCAAACUGGUGCCAAGAAGAAGAAAGAACAUUUGAGCAAGGAACAAAGGAGUUCCACUUCUGCUGACAAUAAAUCAGCUGCCUUCGAAUCGAAACCUAAAUUGUUAAAUUUAAUCAGGAAAGACUUUAUAAAAAAUAAACCUGGAAACAAAGAAAAACGAAGGAUUGUUAGAAAGAGAACGGCAUUUAUAGAAAAACAAGAGAAUUCCACUAAACGUUCAGUAAGUAAAGAGCCUCGGGUUAUUGAAAAACGGGAAUUCACAGAACACCUUCAGGGACCUUCGAAGAGAAAACAUAACAAGGAAAUAUUUUCGAUUCGAGACUUUUAUACGAUAAACGAAUUGUCGCUGCUCGACGGUAUGGAAAUUGUACAAGAGCAUCAACCUGCGAAAAAACGCGCUUUAGACGAAAGCCCCUCCGAAGAACUCGAAAAUUUCCACUUGGAACUAUCGGAAGGUUCGGACUCUGAAUCAUUGAAGGCCUCCAAAGUAGACUUCAAUUGUUCGUGUACUUUGUGCACAUGGUGAACAGCCUAACAAUAAUAAUAAUAAUUAAUGUUGAUCUCAGACAGUUGAAUGUUCAUAGUGCACAGCCACGUAAGAUAAUCUAUAGUUAGUUGUACCUUGUUAGUUUUCUUGAAAAGUGUUUAUUUAUUUAUUUAAUAAAUUAUGGAUUCUUAUAUAAUCCUGUAACAGUUGUGAUAACAUCUCAGUAAGAAAUCUUAAUAAUUCUCUAAUCAAAGUGGAUACUAAACGUAAAUUAGGUUCAUUUCGAAUGAAUUUAAAGAAUUUUAAGUUGUUUAGGAACAUAAUUAAUAAAUUGUUAUCAUAAUUUUA